AUGUCAUCAUCUUCUAUUUCAUAUUUUAUAAAUCUUUCCCAUGUAGUUACGAUUUAUUUCGGCUUGACUAUUCUAGUAGCUGGCGUUGUUGGUGGACUUUUAAAUCUUACUGUAUUUUUAAGUCUUCGAACAUUUCGACAAAAUUCAUGUGCAUUUUAUUUAACAAUUAUGUCAUUUGCUAAUAUAAUUCAUUUAAUGACUGGUUUAACUAGUCAUAUUGUAAUUAAUGGUUAUGGAAUUGAUUGGGGAGGUUAUUCAAUAGUUUAUUGUAAAGCUCGAUUAUAUCUUAUUCAGUUGUCGAUAUUGAUGUCAUUUACAAGUUUAUGCUUGGCAAUCAUUGAUCAAUUUCUAGCAACUUGUCAUAAUCCAUUUUAUCAUCGAUGGAGUAAUAUUAAACUAGCUCGUUAUAUUAUAAUAGGUUUUCUUUUAUUUUGGUUACUUCAUGGAAUACCAUUUGCACUUUAUUUCAAUGUAGUUAUGUCACUAAUUAAUAUAAAUCAAUUGACAUGUGCUAUCACAAAUGUAACCUUUCAAAAAUAUUUUAAUUUUGGUUUUGUACUUGUCUUAAUCGGUAUAUUACCAUUGACCAUAAUGACUCUAUUUGCUUUAUUAGCUUAUACCAAUGUUCAAACUUUAGGUUACCGAACAAUUCCGUUAGUUCGUCGUGAAUUAGAUAAACAAUUAACAAAUAUGGUACUUGUUCAAACCAUUUAUAGUUUCUGUAUUUUAUUACAAUAUGUAAUUACUACUGUAGUAUUAUAUUACAUAUCUCCUACGGAUCGAACAAAUUUUAUAUCAGUUUUAUCUGUUACUAUACACAAUUGUUAUUUUGCGGGCUCGUUUUAUAUUUAUAUGUGUGUAUCAAAACGAUUUCGUCAACAAUUCAAACAUGUACUGUAUCAUAAUCAUUUUUGUAAACAAAUACGAAGAAAAAUAAUUAAUAAUCAAACAUUACCACAAAUAUCAGACACAUGA